AUGCAUGAAAGGUGUAACAGAUAUUUCACAAAUGAAAGACUUCAACUUCUAUGCUUGACUUAUACAACUCAAUUUGAUCAUAGGCACUGAUCCAUUUCCUAAAUAUCAUUUAUGGUUCCACUGCAUCUGAUUUUCUCGAGCAAGGGUUUAUAGAAAAGCUUUUAAUGCAAGCAAGCAGUAUAUAAAUGUCUAUCUGCAGGUUAAUAAGUUUGGCACUACGCAUUAGUCACAAAAGUAAGCGAUAAUUUUCAAUUUAAUCAUAACUUAUAUAUGUUAUUACAGUGACAAAUAGAAAGCAUUUGAACAAGUGAAAACAAGAAGAAUUGAGUAAAUCCUUCCGAAUAAUAACAUCACACACGUAAAUAUCUACAUUAGGCAAUCUCCAAAAGUGAAAUCCAGGCACGAAUAUAAAAAAACUAAAGAAGCCGUUCUUUCCCAACAAAAAAGGAAAGGGCUGUAUCACAUCAAGAUGUCGAUUCGUUUUCCGCCCCAAAUGAGAUGGGGAAUUAGUUACCUCUGUACCUUUAUCUUUCUGAAUCGAGGCCCGGCCCUAUUAAUUACAGCUUAUUUCAAGCGUCAUCCAUCACAAAGAAAGAUUAUUGAUUAA